CAAAUCUUGAUGGAGUUUGAAGGAUAGCUCUAGCUUCUCUCUAAAAAUCUAGCGGUCGUUUCUCCUCUUUGUAGGGGUUGAGAUUUUUCGCCGCCCAUAUUAAUAUGGGAUUGGAGCGACAGAUUAUUCUGAUUUUAAGUGUUCUAACGUUUGGGAUUGCAACUACAUCGAGGGAGAUAAUUAACGUUGGAGGAUGAACGGAUUGCAGCUGAGAGUUUGUAUCGGUGCUAGAUCGUGAAACCUUGGUCGGCCGCUCCGGCGGUGGUGGAGUUGAUAGUGAGAAAGUUAGAGUGAGGGAGAAAGAGAGCUGGGGUGCAUGUGAAUGGCGGAAUUCGUUGGGGCUGACAAUUCAGAAGCUAUAAUCACAAGAAUUGAGCAUAAGUCUCGGAAGAUUGAAAGCUUACUCAAACAGUAUAAACCCGUGGAAGCUUUGAAAACUGCUCUUGAAGGCUCACCUCCCAUGACUAAAGAUGAAAGAUGCAAGUCUGCAAAUUGGAUUGUAGUCCAUAGGGCAAUAAUGGCUAUAAAGGAUUUGGAUAGCUUGUUCUCUUCUCUAGAUCCUGAGUACUAUGAUAUUCUUAUGAAGUAUCUCUACAGAGGCUUAUCCACAGGGGACCGCCCCACCUGUGAUCAGUGCCUAAGAAUUCAUGAAAAGCUGACCGAGAAAGCUGGUCUGGGCUGUAUACUAAGGUCUCUUGCUGAUACUGUAAAUAUCGUCUAGCGUUUCUGCUCUAUAUAUUUCAGAGGAAGUAGAGCAACUAUUUUGCAUUUAGCAACUAUUGAUAUGC